CGGAAUCAAGAGCCCAAAAACACUGAACCAGGAUUGCCUGCUUUGGUUCCAUGUACAAGUUACGCUGCACCACACGCUUGCGGAUACCAUGCCAGCGGAGCUUUCCAGACCUGUCGGUGUCGCGUGUUCUCCGUUUUCUCUGUAGUUUUUUGCUUCAUCUCUUCUGGGCGCGGACAUCAGGUCCCCAUGGAGCUCUCGCCAGGCGCGGUCCACGUCGACCGGGUGGCGUCGAUCCCCAGCCGCGCGCUGGUGCGUACGUCCGUGCGUGACGCCGCACGACGGACGUCAACGGCUUUGCCCUCCACCAGUGCAGCGCUGCUUUUGACCGGCGUUGGCCUGGCGAAUGCGUGCCGAACACGUCAUGGUCGACGAGGGGCGCCCCUCCGCGGCAGGCGGCAGGCUCGGGUCGGUGUGUCCGGCCACAAAGAGGGCCGAUCUGCCCUGGUGGUGGGUGGGGGCGUGGCCGGUCUGGCGACCGCCGCGCAGCUGGCGAAGGAGGGCAUGGAGGUGACGCUGUUCGAGAAGAACAGCGAGGUGGGUGGCCGUUGUCAGUCAAUGCAGUCCACCAAGGUGCAAGGCUACCGUUGGGACACCGGUCCGUCGUUGCUGCUCUUGCCCCAGAAGUACGAGGAUGCCUUCAAGCGUUUAGGCUCGGACAUCAAGAAAGAGUUGAAUUUGAAACGCGUGGAUCCCCCCUAUCGCGUGACGUUCGGGGACGAGACCUUCGUGGAUGUGGAUUAUGACCCCAUGAAAAUGACCGAGCAGAUGGAGAAGUUCGAGCCUGGUUGCACGAGUAACUACUACCGCUUCCUCUCCGUGGCUCGCAGGAUGCUCGACAUGGGCUUAGAACGCUUCGUGGAUCGACAAUUUGAAAGUUGGCCGGAGCUGGUCGAUCCGAUAGGUUUGUUGCCUGAGAUGAUUCUCAAAGGCUGGUUUUCCAUUCCCCUGAUCAAUAUGCUUUUUUCCAUUGACGACUUGCUGAAAGCGUGGUUUCAGGACGAGCGGCUGAGAGCUCUCUUCUCCUUCCAGACGCUUUAUGUGGGACUCACUCCUUACAAUUCUCCUGGUGCUUUGUGCUUGCUGGCUGGCACUGACCUUACUGAUGGAGUUUGGUACCCCAUGGGAGGCUGGAAGAACGUGAAGGAGAGCUUGGCCGGCUUAGCGAACAAGCACGGCGUCAAGAUCCAGACGGACACACCCGUGGACGAGGUCCUUGUUUCGGAGGGCCGCGCCGUGGGGCUCAAGCUCCGUGACGGCCGCGUGGAGAAUGGUGAUGUGGUGGUGGUGAAUGCUGACACGCCCUAUGCCUACCAGAAGCUUUUGGAGCAUACUCCCAGCCAGGCGGAGGCGCCCUCCGUGGCGGAGACUUCAGAAGAUUUGGAUGGCCGGGAGUACUCUUGCGGGGUCAUUGCCUUCUUCUGGGCGGUGGAUUGCAAGGUCGACUACCUUCGUCACCACACCAUCUUCCUCGGAACGCCGGUGGAAGAGAAGAAGGCCUGGGAGCCCAUCACCGAGGCGGCGCAGAUGCCGGAGCGGCCCAACUUCUAUGUGCACUGCCCCACGAGGACAGACCCCUCUGCAGCUCCAGAGGGAUGCGAAAGCAUCAUGGUCCUCUUCCCCGUUGCGAACAUGCAACAGAUGGCCGAGGCCGGCUUCACUCCCGGCAAGAAGGGCGAGCUCUACCGCGGCCUGCGAGAACAGGCGCGGAAGACCGUGCUCAAGCGCUUCAAGGAAGCGGGGUGUGGCGAUCUCGAAAAGCACAUCGUCGAGGAGACGGUGAGGGAUCCUGAGCUGAUCGGUGAGCUUUACAACCUUCAGCAUGGUGCGACCUUCGGCCUCUCCCAUGGUCUGCUGCCCUGGCAGGGAGGCUUGGCCAUGACGCGGCCGCCCCCACGAGCUGCGGAGGUGGACGGGCUUUACUUCGUAGGUGCUGGCACGCGCCCGGGCAACGGGGUGCCCCUGGUGCUCAUGGGCGCGGGCCUCACGUCGCAGCUGAUCUUGGACGACGUCAAGGCGAAGGUGAAAGUGCCGUCUUGAAGAGACAUCACGCGGA